GAGCCUGCAGUGACGACAACAUGGGUCGCAAAGAAAUAACCUGCAGUUGGAAGAAAGUCACCAACAACAUCAGAGAUGUGUUCGAAUUCAAACAAGCGCUGGGAUCGUAAGUACUUUGUCUGAUAUGAUUAGAGCCAGGUCACAGUGUUUAAAACCACCACUUAAUCAUUCUAAGGGGACUCUGAAGGCAAACCUUGGUGUCUAGGUUUGAAUUUCCGUUUAACUCUGUUUCUGUGCCUCAAGCCAUUACUGUGUUUUACAUUUAUAACGUAAAGCACUUUUACUUUUGGGCAGGGCCGUCAUGCACCCCAAAAAUCUGAGGGGGCAUAAAGUAUGGCAGGGCGGUGGUCCGGGGGGGGAAGUUGGUGAAUUUGGCAUUUUUCAAACACCUGAAGCAGCUUUUUCCUACAAUCUAGAGCCAUAAUCAUUAUGCUUAAUUCUAUGUAAAAAAAAUAUAUAUGUUAAUUUAUCUUUAUAUCUAAGCAUACCUCUUGAGCUGUCUGUAUCCUCCUGACAGUUUUUUCUUUUUUUUUAAGGAACUAAAUAGGCUUCUCUGCAUCUCUGCUAAAACCUGGGUAAAAGAUUGAAAGGAAUGUGAAUCUUAUUCAGUAUAUCUAGUAACUGCUUGCCAGCAUUUACAUUUAAGUCAUUUAGCAGGCAUGACAGCUAAAAUAGUUAGACAAGCUAGCUACUCUAACUUGAUUGAUAGCCUGAAAUGGCCUCUUGGUACUGUAGCUAGUUAUGAUGUUGGGAGAUUGGGAACCUAUCUGGGUUAGCUAAAGCUAACAACAACAAAAACAUUUAAUUAAUAAAUAUAUAUAUAAACAGGACAAAUCUGAGGGGACACGUGCCUGCUAUGGGCAUGACGCCUCUGCUUUUUGGAUAACUCACAUCAUCUAAUAUGAAGAACCUUACUGGGUGAUGCACGGCAGGCAUUUUUAGCUUGGUUGUUUUCAAUGGGCCUUUGUUGCUGGGUAGCGACUCUUGUCACCUUCUUAACUCAGACUAAAGGGCCAUUAUUACAGGAUUGAGUGGAUCUCCAGGAGACCUACUUUACCGUUUUCCAGAGAAGGAUCCUAGUUUGGCACUAUAAUCCUGGACGGGCUUGAACAUUCCACCAAGAUUAUCAGAUUAUCAGGACCCAUGUCAGGGCAGGUCUUCUUUAUCAAUUGAAGUGGACCACUUGGCGCUCACACCAUACAGCCUCUCUCACCUUAGAUACGGUUAAACUAGGACCCAAGUAUAGUCUGAGACAAUUCUUUAGAGUUUUGAGAUGAGAUAGCAACAGUAACCAAAAGAGGACAGGACAUUGCAAAAUUGAGUAAAAAUCGUUGACCAAUAUCUGCCCAAUGUGUGAGCGUACAUGUAUUGUUGAGUGUGUAUGAGCCUGGGUGUGUGUGUGUGUGUGUGUGUGUGUGUGUGUGUGCGUAUGUUCAUGUAAGCUUAUGGGCGUGUGCAUGUGUGGGUGUAUUCGUGUUUGCAGUGUUUCUCCUAGGAUUCUUUUCAGCAGCAGUGGCAGAGUUAGCGGGAGGGGGGUGGGGUGGGGGGGGGGUGGGGGGGUGCAUAUAAGGAAAACACUGGUGUUUGUGUGUGUUUAUACAGUAAGUCCAUGCGUGUGAAUGUACAGUAUGUGUGGUAUAAGAGGGCUUUAUGACUGUUUCAGAGUUUGUUGUGCUUUGCGAAAUCAAAUAGAAGAAAUGGCAUUGUCCAGUUGUCCAGAGUGCUCUGUCUGCUGGCCCCUGGCCUGUUUAUCAGAUUCCUGCUCAACUCCUAAGCCUCUCCUCAAGCAGCUUAUAUUCCAGAACAUCCCUGGCUGUGAAUGAGAGAGGCUGACGUUGAGAGAGGUGUGAGCCAGGCAGGUGAGCAAUGAUGUCAUUACAGUGCAGGAACAUCCUAACUCUUUUAUAGGAUUAGGGGUCUGGGAUUGUGUGUCUGUGUGUUUACUGCGUGAGGGAAUGAGUGUGCCUGCGUGCGUGAGUUUGUGCGUGAGUUUGAGUGUGAAUUGAAGUAUCUGUAUGUGUGUGUUCAUCAGACCUGGCUUCAAUUAGUAUAAUUUUCUUUCAAAAACUUUAAGUGUUUGAUGGAGCCUGCUAGGAGUACCAGAUGAGAGGAAUUAGCACUUUUGGAACUAUUCAAUUGGUCCCAUUUCACCAGGGAGCGAAGUGGAAAGCUCAAUCAAAGUGUUUGAAAGAAAACAAAUACUGCAGUCUUUGAACCCAGGUCUGGUUGUGUCUGUUGUGUCUGUCUGUAUGUCUGUCUCUCCCAGACAGUGAUGUCUUUGGGCACAGACACACUCAUUGCAUCAAUAUCACAGGUGUCGGAAUGUGACGGUCAGGCCCAGAGUGUCUGCCAAACAGAGGAUUACCCUCACCUUGGUCUCCCUCAAACAGGGCAAUUAGCAGAUGGAGGGUAGAUCCAUUUUGAGACUUAGGAUCCUUUUGGCUCCCUCCCACACAUUAACACUAACUUCUCUCCUGACGUCAUGUUAUGGCUGUGGUGUUUGUUUGGUCUGACGAAGAAAAUACCCACCCAUAGCCUUCUCAGGGUUCAUCCAGGGUUGACUGUGCUAGAUCAGACAGAGACAAACAGACACAAUGAACAAAUGAAGAUCACAGUGGAAAUAAGCCUCCUGCCUUUAUUGUGUUUUUAUCCGCAAUAAUUUUUUGUGUAUGUAAUGUUGUCUCCGGCUUGAGCAGCCUACUACUUUAAAUUAUCUAAUCAGUUCAAUCACUCAAUCAAUCAAUCAUCUCAGGGGUCCCUGUCCUGAGCUUCAGGCUGGGUUAUGUAAAGUGCUUGAGCGCUAGUCCUGCCCUGCUGCUAUUCACAGGCCUCACUAGCACAGGCCAUACCUGAGCCUCUAUCUGGGCCACCCUCGUCUCAAUCCUAUCUGUGUGUCAGCUAUGAGCCUGGCAAGUGAGGCUGGGUGGUGGUGACUCCACCUACAGUACAUGGCGGUAGGUAGCCUAGUGGUUAGAGCGUUGGGCCAGUAACCGAAAGGUCGCUCGUUCGCGUACCAGAGCUGACAACUUGAGAAAUCUGUCGAUGUACCCUUGAGCAAGGCACUUAACCCUAAUUUGCUCUUACUGACUGACCCCGUAAAACAACACACUUCACUGCACCUAUCCGGUGUAUGUGGCAUUAAAACAUGUUAUUAUUUAGUAGCCUUCCAAAGUGUGUAGGGGAGCUUCCGCCAUUGGUUACACCUACCCAGUUCCUUCCAAUCGGUAAACACCAAAGGGCUAUCUGCAAAUAGGGGUUGUUUUCGAGCCAUUCCACUCUGUCUAUAGCGCUUAUUGGUUUAAUUGGAGCAGUAAUGUGACGAGGUGUGAAGGAAGGAAUCAGGCGCAGGAGGUAAAAUACAGAAGCGUCAAAACGAAACUAACAAGGGAAAACAUCCACCUUGGCAUAAACACUAAGAAUAGUAGCUUAACCAAGCUACACGCUCUCACAACAAACAAUCACUCACAAAGACAAGGGGAACAGAGGGAACGCUUAUACACAUACUAAUUAGGGGAAUGAGCACCAGGUGUGUGUAAUUGACAAGACAUGACAAGUGGAGUGAUGAGAAUGGGAUCGGCAGUAGCUAGUACUCCGGUGACGACGAACGCCGAAGCCUGCCCGAACCAGGAGGGGGGGCAGCCUCGGCGGAAGUCGUGACAGACCCGAUCCCCCGGUACGAACACCGGGGCCUCCCUGCGGUGGCGGUCAGCGUUGGCCUUCUGACGUUGGCGUUGGCCAAGUCUCCUCCGCGCGUCGAAACCAGUCAUCCACCGCGGGAGCCUCGAUCUGGCUCUGGUGCCACGGUGCCAGGACCGGUUGGUACCCCAAAACACAUUGGAAGGGUGUUAGGUUAGUGGAGGAGUGGCGGAGAGAGUUCUGAGCAUAUUCUGCCCAUGGCAAGAACACCGACCACUCCCCCGGCCGGUCCUGACAGUAGGUCCGCCGGAACCUACCCACAUCUUGAUUCACCCUUUCCACCUGCCCAUUACUCUCGGGGUGAAAACCAGAGGUCAGGCUGCCUGAGACCCCCAGACGUUCCAUGAACGCCUUCCAGACUCUAGACGUGAACUGUGGACCUCGGUCGGACACUAUAUCCUCUGGUACCCCGUAGUGCCGGAAGACGUGAGUAAACAGAGCCUCCGCAGUUUGUAGGGCCGUGGGGAGACCGGGCAGAGGAAGGAGGCGGCAGGACUUUGAAAAGCAGUCCACAACGACCGGGAUCGUGGUGUUACCUUGGGAGGGGGGAAGAUCAGUGAGAAAAUCAAUACUCAUGGUCGUUGUGGAACUGGUAAAGGUUGUAGCUUACCCGCUGGGAGAUGCCUAGGUGCCUUACUCUGGGCGCACACUGAGCAUGAGGAAACAUACACCCUCACGUCCUUAGCCAAGUUAGGCCACCAGUACUUCUCGGUCAGGCAGCGCAUUGUACGACCGAUACCUGGAUGACCAGAGGAGGGUGACGUGUGUGCCCAGUGGAUUAGACGAUCACGGAUAAGCGCAGGCACGUACUGCAGCCCAGCUGGACACUACGGUGGAGAUGGAUCUGUGCGUAAUGCCUGCGCUAUAUCUGCGUCCAUCGCCCAUACUACCGGCGCCACAAUGCAAGAGGCCGGGAGUAUGGGGGUGUUGUCUCUGGGCCUCUCCUCUGUGUCAUACAGCCGAGACAGUGCGUCUGCCUUCACGUUCUUCGUACCCGGAUGUAUGAGAGUGUGAAAUCAAACCGGGUGAAGAAGAGGGCCCACCUGGCCUGGCGAGGAUUCAGCCUCCUCGCUGCCCGAAUGUACUCCAGGUUACGGUGGUCUGUCCAGACGAGGAAAGGGUGUUUCGCCCCUUCGAGCCAAUGUCUCCACACCGUCAAAGCUCGGACAACAGCCAACAGCUCCCGAUCACCAACGCCGUAGUUCUGCUCCGCCGAGCUAAGCUUCUUAGAAAAUAAGGCAUAGGGGAGGAGCUUGGGUGGCAUGCCCGAGCGUUGGGAUAAGACAGCUCCUAUCCCUACCUCGGACGCAUCCACCUCCACUACGAAGGGUAGUGAUGGAUCGGGGUGAGCCAGUACCGGGGCUGAGGUGAACAGACCCCGCAAUCUACUGAAUGCCAAAUCAGCCUCAGCAGACCAGCGGAGCCGGGACGGCCCACCCUUCAACAAGGAGGUAAUGGGAGCUGCGACCUUGCCAAAACCCUGAAUAAACCUUCGAUAGUAGUUGGCAAAGCCAAGGAAGCGCUGCACUUCCUUUACCGUGGUUGGAGUCGGCCAAUUACGCACGGCUGCAAUGCGGUCUCCCUCCAUCUCCACACCUGUGGUGGUAAUGCGAUAUCAGAGGAAGGAGAUUGACUGCUGGAAAAACUCACACUUCUCUGCCUUGGCAUAAAGAUCAUUUUCCAGCAGUCAGACCAGUACUUUGCAAACCAGGAACACAUGCUCAGCGGGCGUAGCGGAAUACACCAUCAAUGUAGACCACCACACCAUGACCAAACAUGUCCCGAAACACCUCGUUCACAAAGGACUGGAAAACGGAUGGAGCAUUCAUCAAACCGUAGGGCAUCACCAGGUAUUCAUAAUGCCCCGAGGUUGUGCUGAAUGCUGUUUUCCACUCAUCCCCUUCCCGAAUACGCACCAGGUUGUAGGCACUCCUGAGGUCUAAUUUGGUGAAAAAACGGGCCCCAUGCAUUGACUCAAUCACUGAAGGAAUGAGGGGAAGAGGAUAACUAAAUCGUACCGUCACAUUAUUCAGUGGUCGAUAAUCAAUGCACGGGCGUAAACCGCCAUCUUUCUUCAUCACAAAGAAGAAACUCGAGGAGGCAGGUGAAGUGGAGGGACGUAUAUACCCCUGGCGCAGGGACUCGGUGACGUAUAUUUCCAUAGCCUCCGUUUCAGCCUGCGACAGGGGAUACACAUGACUCCUGGGAAGUACAGCGUCUACUCGAAGGUUUAUCGCGCAAUCCCCCUCCCGAUGAGGUGGUAAUUUAGUCGCUUGCGUCUUGGAAAACGCGAGCGUCAGAUCAUGGUAUUUGGGGGGAAUGCGCACGGUGGGGGUACCGUCUGGACUUUCCACCGUGGUCGCACCAAUUGAAACACCUAGACACCUACCCGGACACUCACGCGACCACCCCGUAAGAACCCUCUGCGGCCAUGAGAAAUUGGGGUUGUGAAGGGCUAACCACGGGAUACCCAAGACUACAGGGUAAGCAGGAGACUCAAUAAUCGUAAUCAUAGGGACUGGUACAGUAACUUCCUUAACCAACCCGGACCCUAAUGGUCGACUUUCUAGUGCUCUGAUGGGGAGUGGAAUGGUUAGGGGAACCAAUGAAAUGCCUUGACAGUGUGCAAAUGCCAUGUCCAUAAAAUUCCCAGCUGCACCUGAUUCAACUAGCGCCUUACACUGGGAACCUACCAAGUGAUCUGGAAAAGAGAUGGAUAAAGUAUGGUGCGCCGCAAAGGGCUCUGAACACGUUUGGGUGUUCGUUACCUGGGGUGAUGCGUGAGUACCCUGCCUACCGCCUCCAGACCCAAAAGAACGUUGACUGUGACGUGAGGUGGAUUGUCCCUUCGUGCCACCAGAGUGGCACUGUCGCUGUCCUCCUGCGCUCUCUCGUCCGGCGGCUCCUCCCAGCUCCAUCUGCUCGGGGUCAGAGUCGUCCGGAGUGGGAACGGGCAGACCCCUACCAGGACGUCCUCUGGCUGCUAGCAGAUUGUCCAGCCGGAUGGCCAUGUCCACCAGUUGGGAUAACGAUAGCAUGGCAUCCCGGCAGGCUAGCUCCCAUCGGACGUCCUCCCUUAGGUGGCACCGGAAAUGGUCUGUCAGGGCCCGCUCGUUCCACCCGGACCCCACUGCCAGCGUCCGGAACUCCAGCGCGUAGUCCUGAGCUGUCCUCGUCCCCUGCCUUAGAUGAACCAGUCGUUCGCCCGCCUCUCGACCCUCAGGCGGGUGAUCAAAAAUGGCCCGAAAGAGGCGAGCAAACUCCCCGUAGUUCUCCAAUGUGGUACCUCCCUCGUUCCAUACCGCGUUGGCCCACACACAAGUAGUUCAUUCGAUGAGAGGCUAGAAUCGUUCCUGGAGUUAAUCUCAGAAAUCCACAAAUUGAUGGAACCUAAAGCUCCAAAGGUUCAUUGACCUUAGAGCUAAAACCUCUGGUUUGGAAAAUGGACAUUGCUAUAACCUUUUUCUCUGUCUGUGUGUGGGUGUGUAGGGGUUCAUUCUCAGAGGUGUAUUUGGUGAGAGAGAAGAAGACAGGAAACCUGUAUGCCCUGAAGUGUCUGAAGAAAAAACACCUCAGUUGUAGCAAACUGGAGAACGAGAUCGCUGUGCUGAAGAAGUGAGUACACGCAUGCACGCACGCACACAUACACACACACACACACACUCAUACUCUUACACACUCUCACACCUGAACAAGCUAACAUCACAUAUCUCUCAAUCUUCCUCUCAGGAUAAGGCAUGACAAUGUGAUUGGACUGGAAGAUUUCUAUGAGACUCAGACACACUAUUACCUCGUCAUGCAGCUGUGAGUGCAAACCAUUAUCACUACAUAAGCUAAAUACAUGUAUUAGCCUACAGAUAAAUGUUACUGUUUUAGAGAACUUGCUGUAUCAGUAGGGUGUUUAAUAAGGGUUGUAAAGGCUGAUGAUGAUGAUGAUGAUGAUGGUGAAUAUGGUGGUGGUGGUGGGGAGAUUCUGAUGUGUGUGUGUUCUUUCCUAGGGUGUCUGGUGGAGAGUUGUUUGACCGUAUCAUAGAUCGGGGGGUGUACACAGAGAAGGACGCCAGCCAGCUGGUCCGCCAAGUACUGCAAGCUGUCAACUACCUUCACGAGAACAGCAUAGUGCACAGGGACCUCAAGGUACGUUACACACACAGUCAACAUACCUGGUACAAUAAUAAUAAUAAUAAUAAUAAACACAGACAGUCAAUUUACCUGAGGGGUAUCCUACGAAGCAGGUUUGAGGAGUUAGCGCGGUAACUUUGUUCAACUCUGAGUUCAACUCCGGAUAACCAGUCAUAUGAAAGUGGCUCACUUUUUAGCCAGGUACGUUUCUAUGGCAACAAAUCUUUCAGAACUAACCUGCUCCGGGGCAGGCUAACUCACGGCUAACUCCACAUACCCUGAAUGAAACGACGCGAGUUGAGGACCAAUGAAAUCAGAUUCCCUCCCUCUUCCCUCCCUCUUGCAAAGAUUGCGUCAUCAUCCCCUUCAUUUGAGAAAGAUGACAGAUUAAAUAUUUUAUUAAUCAAAAGGUUUUUUUGUGUAAAAAAAUAGCAAUGUAAAAACAUAUCACAUUACACAUUUAGUAAUGACAGAAUGCAUUUUAAACUUCAUGCAAUGUAACCCUUUUGUAUGCCUUAAUAAAAAAUUCAUAUUGAUAGCAGUGGGAAAAAAGGUGUUUGUGCAUUGAUAAGCACACCAAAGCACACCAAAUACGGCAUUAACGAUAAGUAAUACAAUACAGACACAAUGGCAAGAUAACUUUUCUUUCAUUUUGAUUUCAGCACAAAUUAAAAUGUGGCAUUGACUCGCCCAUGGAUUGAUGUUUCAGCAUUGUCUCAAUGAAGAGCAGUUACAAGCCUGCUAGAGUUAGCGGCAGGCCGACAAGCUAAUCCACCGUUGUAGUACGGAUGAAGCCUGAGCUGGAAUGUGAAGCUAACUGAAGCUGGUUAGCUCUAGCUUGUUUCGUAGGAUACCCCUCUGGUACAAUAAUAAUAAGAAACACACACACAGUCAACUAACCUGGUAGAAUAAGGGUAAAAGUACAUUUUAAUGUAGCUAAAAAAUUAAUAAAAAAUUAUAAUAUACAAUAUGCCAUGCCAAAUGUAUUUUACACACACAUUACUAUACCAUCAGUACAUACAGUUGAAGUCGUAAGUUUACAUACACCUUAACCAAAUACAUUUAUACUAAGUUUUUCACAAUUCCUGACAUUUAAUCCUAGUAAAAAUUCCCUGUCUUAGGUCAGUUAGGAUCACCACUUUAUUUUAAGAAUGUGAAAUGUCAGAAUAAUAGUAGAGAGAAUGAUUUAUUUAAGCUUUUAUUUCUUUCAUCACAUUCCCAGUGGGUCAGAAGUUUACAUACACUCAAUUAGUAUUUGGUAGCAUUGCCUUUAAAUUGUUUAACAUGGGUGAAACGUUUCAGGUAGCCUUCCACAAGCUUUCCACAAUAAGUUGGGUGAAUUUUGGCCCAUUCCACCUGACAGAGCUGGUGUAACUGAGUCAGGUUUGUAGGCCUCCUUGCUCGCACACGCUUUUUCAGUUCUGCCCACACAUUUUCUAUAGGACUGAGGUCAGAUCUUUGUGAUGGCCACUCCAAUACCUUGACUUUGUUGUCCUUAAGCCAUUUUGCCACAACUUUGGAAGUAUGCUUGGGGUUGUUGUCCAUUUGGAAGACCCAUUUGCGACCAAGCUUUUACUUCCUGACUGACUGAUGUCUUGAGAUGUUGCUUCAAUAUAUCCACAUAAUUUUCCUUCCUCAUGAUGCCAUCUAAGUCCCUCCUGCAGCAAAGCACCCCCACAGCAUGAUGCUGCCACACCCGUGCUUCACGGUUGGGAUGGUGUCCUUCGGCUUGCAAGCAUCCCCCUUUUUCCUCCAAACACAACGAUGAUCAUUAUGGCCAAACAGUUCUAUUUUUGUUUCAUCAGACCAGAGGACAUUUCUCCAAAAAGUACGAUCUUUGUCCCCAUGUGCAGUUGCAAACCGUAGUCUGGCUUUUUUUAUGGCGGUUUUGGAGCAGUGGCUUCUUCCUUGCUGAGCGGCCUUUCAGGUCAUGUCGAUAUAGGACUCGUUUUACUGUGUAUAUAGAUACUUUUGUACCUGUUUCCUCCAGCAUCUUCACAAGGUCCUUUGCUGUUCUGGGAUUGAUUUGCACUUUUUGCACCAAAGUACGUUCAUCUCUAGGAGACAGAACGCAUCUCCUUCCUGAGCGGUAUGACGGCUGCAUGGUCCCAUGGUGUUUAUACUUGCGUACUAUUGUUUGUACAGAUGAACGUGGUACCUUCAGGCAUUUGGAAAUUGCUCCCUAGGAUGAACCAGACUUAUGGAGGUCUACAAAAAAUUUUCUGAGGUCUUGGCUGAUUUCUUUUGAUUUUCCCAUGAUGUCAAGCAAAGAGGCACUGAGUUUGAAGGUAGGCCUUGAAAUACAUCCACAGGUACACCUCCAAUUGACUCAAAUGAUGUCAAUUAGCCUAUCGGAAGCUUCUAAAGCCAUGACAUCAUUUUCUGGAAUUUUCCAAGCUGUUUAAAAGCACAGUCAACUUCUGACCCACUGGAAUUGUGAUACAGUGAAUUAUAAGUGAAAUAAUCUGUCUGUAAACAAUUGUUGGAAAAAUGACUUGUGUCAUGCACAAAGUAGAUGUCCUAACCGACUUGCCAAAACUAUAGUUUGUUAACAAGAAAUUUGUGGAGUGGUUGAAAAACUAGUUUUAAUGACUCCAACCUAAGUGUAUGUAAACUUCCGACUUCAACUGUAUACACUGUUUACGCACUUUAUUUUUUGCCCGAGCGGUUACCCACUUUUUACUGGAAAAUGCAUUGAAAGUAUAGGGAGUUUUUCUCACAGCGAACAGCGAUCAGUGUUUACCCAUCUAUUUUUUGUAUACCAUGCUGAGAGAAUAGUUCCUCUGCCGCUUGUUGACCCUCUCCCCCUCUCUCUCCCUCUGUGUGAGAGCAGCCAGAGAACCUGCUGUACUUCGACUCAGACGAGAACUCCAAGAUCAUGAUCAGUGACUUCGGCCUGUCCAAGAUGUCCGACCACGGAGUGAUGUCCACAGCCUGCGGCACGCCAGGAUAUGUUGGUAAGAUUCUGUGGGUGUGGGUGUUUGUGUGUGUGUGUGUGUCAAAUCAAAUCAAAUUUGCCACAUGCGGCAAACAGGUGUAGACUUUACAGUGAAAUGCUUGCUUACGAUCCCUUCCCAACGAUGUAGAGGGCUUGUAAGCAAGCAUUUCAUGGUAAAGUCUACACUGUUGUAUUCAACGCAUGUGACAAAUACAAUUUGAUUUAAUUUGACACACUCGUGCAGCAAGUGUGUGUUAGAUGGUUGGUCAUUGAAAUAGAGAGUAAAGCUUCAUUGCACAGCUAGAGAGGAUUAGCAUGGUAUCUAAUCCUGUGUAUAUUUGACCCUCUACAGCCCCUGAAGUUCUGGCUCAGAAACCCUACAGCAAGGCAGUGGACUGCUGGUCCAUAGGAGUCAUCACAUACAUCCUGUGAGUGCCUAUCUAGUACUUCUAGAUCUAUAUCUGCCAGCACCUCUUCUCAACCCUUUCAUAAUCUCAGGAUGACUGCAUUGUGAGAUGGUAUUUGUAUAUAACUUUUGGGAAAAGUUAUUGUAAUCCUAUGAUGAACUCUAUGUUAACUCUGUAAUAACUACUUUAUGUUCCCUCUCUCUGUGUGACAGGCUGUGCGGCUACCCUCCGUUCUUCGAGGACAACGAGACACGUCUGUUCGCUAAGAUCAUGAGGGCUGACUACGCUUUCCACUCGCCCUUUUGGGAUGACAUCUCUGAGUCAGGUAAGACAAAUACCACCACAUCAACAACAACAACAACAACAACAACAAGGGUAUUUAAAGUGGAACUGACAGCAUUUUAGCAACAUUAAAUCUUAUAAAAAUCUGUUCAUAUACACCCCCAGGAAGAAUAUGACAACUUUAUUUUUUACAUUUUCUGACAAGCGAGCACUUACACAUGGUCAUUUUCAUGUUUUCAUAAAUUCAUAGAAUGUUUGGGAAUGACGUAGAGUAAGGCAUUUGUGAACAUUCUACAGCAAUAUAGUGGGAAAGCGUCCGUGCUUUUGGACAAUUAAUAGACACUGCAGUAAAUAUAAGUUUCCAGAGUCUACUCAGACCGGAUUCUAUGCAGACCGGCGCGCCAUAGCCAAUCAGAGCUACAGUAGGCCUAUAUUCAAACAAGCCAUUUGCCACACGGGCCUGCCAUCAUUCACUUUGAACUGGACUGUGUGUUUACAGGCAGUAGCAACAGCGCAACUUUAGAUCAUUAGAACGCAUUCGCCAGAAGCCACAAAAUACACCUGAAUGGAUUUCUGCAAAUAUGUAAAUACCACAAGAGUCUUACAUUUGGGAACUUCACAAUCCUAGUGAUCAAACAACCAUGAAAAGUUAGGCUAUCGCUCCCUCAGUUGCCUAUGUACAUCAACAACAACAAGAUCAACAAUUAAUGCUAGCUAGGGCGAGAUGAGCUAAAAUCUAACGAGGGAACAUUAGAUAAACCCUCUCAAACUUUUUCAGCUAGUUGGCCGUCAAAAUUGCACUGAUAGAUGAUGGGGAAUAGUAGCCUGCUCAUCCUUCUGCAGCUUGCCUGCCAAUGCAUGCUUGUCCAAACCCACGUUUUGACAACUGAAUGAGAACUUGCCUGCCUGCCUUCCCAUUUGAUCGACGCCAAAUACAUUUGAUUGACAACUAAGAGAUAUGCUAACUGUGGAUAACAGUCGUUCAAGUUCAGCAUACUGUAGCUAGCUAGCAAAGUGAUUAACAUUUCUCGCUAACUAACCAAAUCACACCUGCAGCAGCUCUAGCUGUAGCCAAAAAACAACGAUAUGAGGGGGAAAGUUUCGGUCACUAACCCACUCUUCUAAUGACAUGAUAUCCUCCCAGCAGCUAGCUAGCUAGCUAGCAAAUGUUAGGCUCUGUGUUUUUAGCUUGAUAAAUAAAUAGCUUGCUACGUAAAUAGAUACGCUAGCCCAGGGGUGUCAAACUCAAUCAGCGCACGGACCAUAUAAAAAAAACACUACUUCGCAGGCCAGACAUAGCCUAUUUGUUUUUACCAAAAAACUUGCAACUACAACCCAAACUGGCAUUUGUUUUAUUAGAAAAAAUAUGGCCCUUUAUAAUGUCUACUUAUGUACAUAGUAGGGCUGUCCCCGACUAAAAAAAAUCUUACUCGACCGAAAGUCGUCUGUUCUUUCGACCAAUCGAUUGUUCGAAAUUCUUUCAUGUGUAUUUUUCCAUAAAUCCUGUGUGUUUAAAAAAAAUCAACUAUAUGCAUUGAGCUUGUCUGAUGCUUUAAGCUUACGGUUUGAUGCCUCAAGAGGGCGCCAGAGAUCUAGAUAACCAGAAUUUAAAAAACGUAACCUGACCCAACUAUUCUCCUCCUGCUGGCUUUGGCAGAUUCUGCCAUUGCUCUCCUGAAGUUGCCGGUAAUAGGCUACACGAGGAGUUGGCAACCUUUCUCAUGUGGAAUGCCAAUUUAUCUUACUAUUUCUACCGAUCUGCGUGCCAGUUAUGGUUUUCAUAUGCACAUUUUUGUGAAACAGUUUCAUUUAAUUUAUAAUAAGGUCAUAUCUCAAAAUCAUGUGGUUAAUCAAAAUUCUAUCCAAAUCUAAAUGACAAUGAAACAAACAUAAAAAGUAACUUCUAUUGCCAUUACCAACUAUGUAAAAAUAACCUACAUAAAUCCAACAAAUAAAAACAUUGCAGCCUACAGGUACAAAAUAUCCUGAUAAAGAUAAAUAUUGUAUAAAUCAUAUUAGCUACACAUGGCCUGUCUGCAAGGAACUUGAAACAUUGUAUCAACUAUUAACUUGGGUCUGGCCCGAAGCUUGUGCUAGCGAACUUGCAACAUUGUAUAAAAUAUUCUGGGCCCUCAGAGUUUCCCUGCCAGUGAGCUUGGGACAGACACAGCUGUAGGCUAUUUGUGCAAGGGAUAAGAAGCAGUGCUUGACUUCGGCAGAAGCUCAGUCUGAGUACCAGCACCUCAAAUGUUCUACUGCUCGAGCUUCUGUUCCUCUUAUAGAAUAUUAGCUCAAAAGUAUUGUGGAGCUCCUGCACCUAAAUAUAAACAGUACCAGCACCCAAAAUUAGUACCAGAACCUAUUUCAGUCCAAGUCAAGCACUGAUAAGAAGCCUAUUUUAUGACGUUUCCACUGGAUCAGAGCAUUACAUUUUUCCCUUUCAUGCUGAGGGGUUAUCGAAAGGGAGAGAGCUGGAAAGAUUUUAACUAUUGUAAUUCUCAAUGGAUGUAAAAACAUACUUUGUUUACUUGCUGUUUGAGGUGAAGAAAACAUUAUUUUGAAAGCUCCACAGGUCAUUAGUGGUGGUGCUUUAAGCCAAUCAGAAAUACUAUCAGAUUCCAAAAUGGGCACAUUUACAGUGCAUUCGGAAAGUAUCAAAUGGGCACUACAGUGCAUUCGGAAAAUAUUCAGACCUCUUGACUUUUUCCACAUUUUGUUACGUUACAUCAAUCUACACACAAUACCCUAUAAUGACAAAGCAAUUUUAGCAAAUGUAUUCAAAAUAAAAAACGGAAAUAUCACAUUUACAUAAGUAUUCAGACCCUUUACUCAGUACUUUGUUGAAGCACCUUUGGCAGCGAUUACAGCCUCGAGUCUUCUUGGGUAUGACGCUACAAGCUUGGCACACCUGUAUUUGGGGAGUUUCUCCCAUUCUUCUCUGCAGAUCCUCUCAAGCUCUGUCAGGUUGGAUGGGGGAGCGUCUCUGCACAGCUAUUUUCAGGUCUCUCCAGAGAUGUUCGAUCGGGUUCAAGUCCGGGCUCUGGCUGGGCCACUCAAGGACAUUCAGAGACUUGUCCCGAAGCCCCUCCUGUGUUGUCUUGGCUGUGUGCUUAGGGUCGUUGUCCUGUUGGAAUGUGAACCUUCUCCCCAGUCUAAGGUCCUGAGCGCUCUGGAGAAGGUUUUCAUCAAGGAUAUCUCUGUACUUUGCUCCGUUCAUCUUUCCCUCGAUCCUGACUGGUCUCCCAGUCCCUGCCACUGAGAAAUGUCCCCACAGCAUGAUGCUGCCACCACCAUGCUUCACUGUAGGGAUGGUGCCAGGUUUCCUCCAGACAUGACGCUUGGCAUUCAGGCCAAAGAGUUCAAUCUUGGUUUCAUCAGACCAGAGAAUCUUGUUUCUCAUGGUCUGAGAGUCUUUAGGUGCCUUUUGGCAAACUCAAAGCGGGCUGUCAUGUGCCUUUUACUGAGGAGUGGCUUCCGUCUGGCCACUCUACCAUAAAGCCCUGAUUGGUGGAGUGCUGCAGAGAUGGAUGUCCUUCUGGAAGGUUCUCCCAUUUCCACAGAGGAACUCUGGAGCCUCCCUGACCAAGGCCCUUCUCCCCCGAUUGCUCAGUUUGGCCGAGCGGCCAGCUCUACGAGUCUUGGUGGGUCCAAACUUCUUCCAUUCAAGAAUGAUGGAGGCCACUGUGUGCUUGGGGACCUUCAAUGCUGCAGAAAUGUUUUGGUACCCUUCCCCAGAUCUGUGCCUCGACCCAAUCCUGGCUCUACGGACUAUUCCUUCUACCUCGUGGCUUGGUUUUUGCUCUGACAUGCACUGUCAACUGUAGGACAUUAUAUACACAGGUGUGUGCCUUUCCAAAUCAUGUCCAAUCAAUAGAAUUUACCAAUGAAGUUGUAGAAACAUCUCAAGGAUGACCAAUGGAAAUAGGAUGCACCUGAGCUCAAUUUCGGGCUCAAAGGGUCUGAAUACUUUUAUUUAAUUAAUUUUUUUAUAAAUUUGCAACAAUUUCUAAAAACCUGUUUUCGCUUUGUCAUUAUGGGGUAUUGUGUGUAGAUUGAUGAGGGAAAAAAGUAAUUUAAUCAAUUUUAGAAUAAGGCUUUAACGUAACAACAUGUGGAAAAAGUCAAGGAGUGUGAAUACUUUCCGAAUGCACUGUAUAUGCCUACAUUUGCACGCAGGCCAGGUAGCCUAUAGGUCUACUUCUGUGCGUGCGUGUCCUUACUCAACAUUGACAGGAGCGCUCCAAACAAAAGACGAUGACUAAAUUGACAAAACUCAUAAAUGGAAUUAAAUAAACCAAAACUUGUUUCUCACAAGUGUAGCAUAGGUUGUGCACUCUGCAAACAAUGUGUCCACUCCGCCAAUGAGAACAGGAAGACUGGAAUAAUAAUGUUGAAUACAUUAAAAUAAAUUACCAUAACCAAAGUAACAAACAUUGUAGAUUUGAAAGUAUAGGAAUUAACGGUAAAUGUACUACUGGUGAUAUAUGUAAUGGGGAAUAGAUAUACACUAACAAUCAAACACAAACAAUUCACACAAUUAAGUUAUGAAACAAUGAAUGUACACAAAUUGGCGGGAGAGAGCACAUUCUGAAGAGAGAAUUGCAUUGUGCAUCUGACGCAUGGUCAAUCAGACGUCUGCAAUGGCCAUGCAGCAUUUAUGGUGAUAUGGCCUCAGCAGAAGUCAGGGCAAGAAUGGCUUCAGCAGAAGUCAGGGCAUUCUUGCACUUCACAGAGCAGUGCAGAGCUGUUGUCAAGGAAGUGAGUUUGUGUUUAUACAGGAUGUACCGCCCCCACCUACCGUCAACCAAUCAUGUCAAUGCGGAGCUAUACAGAGCCCUCCACAUUGUUACAACAUUUUGGAGGUGCAUGGCGAUGCGGUACAGAGCUCAAUUUGGCCUUUAACACAUUUUCGAAUUAAGCAUAAAUUGGCUUUUAGUCUAGGCCUCCGCAAUGGAUUAGUUCACUGAAAUGGGCGCAAAUAUAUAAAUAUAUACAGUACCAGUCAAAAGUUUGGACACAGCUACUCAUUCCAGGGUUUUUCUUUAUUUUUACUAUUUUCUACAUUGUAGAUUAAUAGCGAAGACAUCAAAACUAUGAAAUAACACAUAUGGAAUCAUGUAGUAACCAAAAAAGUGUUAAACAAAUCAAAAUAUAUUUUAUAUUUAAGAUUCUUUAAAGUAGCCACCCUUUGCCUUGAUGACAGCUUUGCACACUCUUGGCAUUCUCGCAACCAGCUUCAUGAGGUAGUCACCUGGAAUGCAUUUCAAUUAACAGGUGUGCCUUGUUAAAAGUUAAUUUGUGGAAUUUCUUUCCUUCUUAAUGCGUUUGAGCCAAUCAGUUGUGUUGUGACAAGGUAUGGGUGGUAUACAGAAGAUAGCCAUAUUUGGUAAAAGACCAAGUCCAUAUUAUGGCAAGAACAGCUCAAAUAAGCAAAGAGAAAUGACAGUCCAUCAUUACUUUAAGACAUGAAGGUCAGUCAAUAACUUUGAAAGUUUCUUCAAGUGCAGUCGCAAAAACCAUCAAGCGCUAUGAUGAAACUGGCUCUCAUGAGGACUGCCACAGGAAUGGAAGACCCAGAGUUACCUCUGCUGCAGAGGAUAAAUUCAUUAGAUUAACGGCACCUCAGAUUGCAGCCCAAAUAAAUGCUUCACAGAGUUCAAGUAACAUCUCAACAUCAACUGUUCAAUGGUCGAAUUGCUGCAAAGAAACCACUACUAAAGGACACCAAUAAGAAGAAGAGAUUUACUUUGGCCAAGAAACAUGAGCAAUGGACAUUAGUCCGGUGGAAAUCUGUCCUUUGGUCCAAAUUUGAGAUUUUUGGUUCCAACCGCCGUGUCUUUGUGAGACGCAGAGUAGGUGAAUGGAUGAUCUCCGCAUGUGUGGUUUCCAUUGUGAAGCAUGGAGGAGGAGGUGUGAUGGUGUAGGAGUGCUUUGCUGGUGACACUGUUUGUGAUUUAUUUAAAAUUCAAGGCACACUUAACCAGCAUGGCUACGACAGCAUUCUGCAGCGAUACGCCAUCCCAUCUGGUUUGUGCUUAGUGGGACUAUCAUUUGUUUUUCAACAGGACAAUGACCCAACACAUCUCCAGGCUGUGUAAGGGCUAUUUGACCUUAAAGACUGUUGGAAAAGCAUUCCAGGUGUAGUCCCGUGUAGCUCAGUUGGUAGAGCAUGGCGUUUGCAACGCCAGGGUUGUGGGUUCGUUUCCCACGGGGAGCCAGUAUGAAAAUGUAAGCACUCACACUCAAAUCAACGUAUAUUUGAGAUUCUUCAAAGUAGCCACCCUUUGCCUUGAUGACAGCUUUAGAAGUCGCUCUGGAUAAGAGCGUCUGCUAAAUGACUAAAAUGUAAAUGUAAGCUGGUUGAGAGAAUGCCAAGAGUGUGCAAAGCUGUCAUCAAGGCAAAGGGUGGCUACUUUGAAGAAUCUCAAAUAUAAAAUAUACGUUGAUUUGUUUAACACUUUUUUCGUUACUACAUGAUUCCAUAUGUGUUAUUUUAUAGUUUUGAUGUCUUCACUAUUAUUCUACAAUGUAGAAAAUAGUAAAAAUAAAGAAAAAUCCUGGAAUGAGUAGGUGUGCCCAAACUUUUGACUGGUAAUAUAUAUAUAUAUAGAUAUAUAUAUAUAUAUAUAUAUAUAUAUAUAUUUUUUAGUUGUUACUGCUCGACUAAAACAAUCUCGGUCAACCAACAGCCUAACAACCAAACAAUCAACCAGUCGACUAAUUGGGGUUAGCCCUAGUACAUAGGAUGCUGUAUAUAGCAUUUUUACAUAUUAAAACAAAAUACAUAAAUAAUAUUUGGCCAACCUUUGCUGCUAUGCUUGCAGAUGUGCAUAAUAUGCUGUGACCCUAAUCAAAAAGUAUUUAAUAACUUCAAAUAACAAAAACGUAGCUAUAGGUUGUUGUAACAUUUAAACUUAAAACAUGUUUUUCACUUUUCUGCACUGCGUGGAUCACCGGUGCGGUUAAAUGCAAUAUUGCUGUAUCAGUAGUGUUAAGUUGCAUCAAUUCAAAUCUGGUAUAGGAACAAAAAGAGGUCAAUACACGUCUUCUAAAAUAGACUAGUAUUUUAAUUAAUGCAAAACACUUCAAUGGUAAAUAUGAUGUUCGUAUAUACGGGUCCACUGAAAAACCACGCAGGGUAGUCAGAGAACUGAGCCAUUGUCAUAAGUUCUUCUUUAAAUACUCUGACAGAGAUAGUUCCCGCUCCCUGCUGGCCUAUCAGAGUAGAGACUGAGCGUGGUUUAGACUUACCCAGCCUAUCGUUGGCGCACAGGCUGGUCCCAGUCCCUUGGCGCUUCACUGUUGCCAGGUGUUAGUUGUUUUGCAACUUGUCCAGAGAGUCAGCACUUUUGCAGUACACAUGUCCUUGAGCGGUUUAACAAAGAGGCAGUGUGUGUGUAUGUGAGACACAAGUCUUAUCUCAUCCUACCCCCUAAUGGUUCCUCACAUUAAUCACAGCUUGUUAUGUUGACCAAUCUAUAUCAGUACAGUACAAACCUAUUAUGUUUAAUCAUUAAUGCUUUCCUAUUAAGCUAACAGCACAUCUAAAAUAUAAGAGAAUAAUUUCCCACAAUCCCCCUUUUCACACCCACUGGGGUGUCACUCAUUAAAAUACAAUACAAACAAAAAUAAUCACACUUUUAUUAAUAGGCAAUAAUGAUAAUAAAAAAAGGCCUUCAGUCCUUCCAUCUACACCCAACUUGUACUAGGUUGGCUACCAGCCACCCAGGAACUUUAAACCUUCACAUAAGAAAAGACAAACAUUCACAAUGGUUAAUUUGAUUAAUAAAGCAUAAAACAUAAACAGGGAAGUAAACUUUGGCCCCCUUUAGACACCCUCUAGGGUGUCACUCCACCACCUCACCAAUAGCAAACCAAGGGUCAUCCUUUGUCAACCCCAGUUUCCUCCGAAAGCUAGACUCAGUGUCUGCAUCUCCUUCUUGAGCCCCUAGGAGGGGCAUCAUACCAGCCGCAUGCACGACAUCUGUAACAGACUUUCUCAAACAAGGAAUUACACAGGCAGCACAUUAAUAUUAGAAACACAACUACUAGGGUCAGAAAUCCAGUAACCACCAAUGAUGCGAUCUUACCAAACCACUCCCCCAACCAGGAGAACAGUCCGUUUCCCUCCAUUCCAGCCAUGCUCUUCAUUUCAGCUGAUAGUUUAUCUAAACCAACCAGGGCUUUAGAGAUACUCCCGUCAGGACUGGUAUUGUUAGGGAUAAACGUACAACAAUGGCUUACCAUUCUAUAGACACCACCCCUUUCUGCCUGAUCUAGAGCCAACCUCUUUUUACUAAGUCUUAAGAGUGAGAUGGCGGAUAAUUGUUCAAAAGAUCCCUUCUGUUGCAUCCCUAGUCUAGCCAAUAAAUCGUUGUUGGUCGUAAUAGAUAUAAUUAAUCAAAUUCACAAUUUUGUUUAUUGUCACCCACCAAAAGAACGUGGUAGUAAACCCUUCCCCUAAUUGUUUCAUAGCUCGGUAUCCAUCCGAUACCCCCCUUGGUAUCCCAAUCGCAUCCAUCUAAAUAGGGCUAUUCUCCUUCUUGUUAAAACUUGUUAAGACUAAUUCUAACUAGCUGAAUCAGUAGAACCAGGGCGCAUGUAUCUAGCCACCCCUUUGGAAUUGUCUGCCUUACACUGCCCUUACUGGCACACGCCCACCACACAUCGGUUACAGGGGCUGUAAGGUUCAAAAUUCUCUCCUGUGCUUCCGAACUUAAAUCUGUCACAUUACUACUAUCUCCAAUUGAUAAUUGGUGAUGUCUUUAUUUCUCUUUACCCCCCAUCUGGAUGUUCAGUCCCCCUCGGUCUCAUAUCCCCAUCCCCAAGUGUAUUUAAACACUUGAGUCUAGGAACAAUCCGUCGUGAGGGCCGAACACAAAUAUAAUAGGAUUUUAUAAUCCCAAGAUGCUUAUUGACAUGUACCCCACCCGUUGGCUACGUCCCCAACCCUUAUUUUGAAUCUGACAGUCUGCCCUUCUCUGACUCCCAUUUUGUAGGCCACUCGUCCUUGACGGUCAGUAUGUCGGGUCGCUUCUCUUCUCUUUUACUUCUUAACAAUGGUAAGGGCAUAGCGUAAUUGGUGGUGGAUCUUGACAUAUCAAGACCAUUACCGAGACUAUGAUGCAACUCAAGUUAUCCAUAUAUAUAUAUAUAUAUCCAACAUAUUUUUUUUAAAAGUAUUUUGUCCUCUCCUUCGUAUAUAUUUAUUAUUUAAUCCUACCAUCCCCCUUUUGACACAUGUUUUGCUCAUGUGUCAAUAUUACCACCUACCUAAACAAUCACUUAGGUAAUAUUGGAAAUGUAUCAUCCAAUUGUCAUCCCUUAUUUUUAAAUACUGCCUAAUUUUAACAUAACAACCCUUUAUAACCAUCAUACUAGGUGUGUUGUUUUUAAUUUGAUAAACCCAAUUUGAAAAACAACAACCACUUGAUUUGGUAGCUCACUGCCCAACUUCACUACUGCUCCCCCUCGCCCUGGGCAACAUUCCAAUGAGAUAAGCUAAUCUCUUUCUCCUGGUUAUACAUUUUGUUAACCUUCAAUUACCAUCAGUAAUCUAAAGAUGGUAGUACACACAAAACAUGAUACAGAUAUCCCCAGUCCUAACCCAUCAAUAAUUGUUUGUAUCAAUCUAAUUCCUCAUAACUAAUCCAUAAAACCACUCAAAAUUCCUCGAGUAUACAAUGAUUAUUUAAUUUAUUACCCUAAAUCUGCUACAUGUGAUCUCAUCUCAAAUGAUCCAUUAUCAAUUAUUUGAUCAACUCCCUAGGAAAAUCUGUCUCCCCUUCUAUUGUUCCUGUCCCCUCUGUAAAUGUCAUAUUACAUUUUUUAGCCAAUACAAUCACGGUUACAUCAAAGGUUCCCUCAUUUGGCCAUUUAGUUACUAUCUUUCUGGUCCUUUUUCUCAUUUGUUAGAGAUAUUACCAAUAUCUUCACUAUUUUCUGGGAACCUUCUCUUCAUGAUUGCUACUGGUGAUCCUGCCAUCUCUACUUCUGGUGUGGUCUAAUGUCUAUAUUAGGGUGUAAGGUAAAUUAGUCCUGUUGUCUUUUUCAGCUAAACGUUUUAUAUCCCUCAGUUAAUGGUAUUUUCUCCCUAAUAUAUCUUCAUACUCCUUCUUUCCCUAAAUGAGAUUUUAUCCCUUGCCUUUCCUCUACUAUCCUUCUAUCAUUACUGGAUCAAUGAUAAUAACUGUAAUAACUAUUAAUAAUAAUUGUAAUAACUAUUUCACAUUAAAUUGUGCCUUUUUCUGAUAAUGUUAUAAUUGUAGCCUAUUGCAUUACUUUAGUUUAAAAUACCCACUAUAGGUUGGUGCUAUUCCCUCAGCAUAAUAGCUAAAGCUCCUUGCAUCCCCUGGUCCCCGUAACGAAAAUAAAUGAUCGUUCUAUAAUUCACCAACUAUUUGCAUACACCACUGGUGUUAAGCAACCUAUCGAAUAAAGUAAUAACAAUUAGAAUUCAUCAAAGCACUGCCUUUCAGUCAAGUAUUUAGACCUCUACUUGAAAUCUUACAGCUCAAUCUAACUCGCUUGACUGUCUCUAUUUUUUUUCCGCUAACCAGAGCCACAACUCAAUUUUCACAGCUCUAUCGCCAUUUCAGUUCGCUAUUCAAUUUCUUUAACUGUUCUCUCUGAUUAGGCCCUAAUUAAUAAAACAAAUAUUUGCUAUCGUUGAUAAGCAUACAUUUAAUGAUAUUCCUAUCAUUUGAACUAUCUCUCACCCCUCCCCUUGCUCCUUCCUACACAACGGGGGAGGCGCGGGGACCCUGUAACAUGUUUUCAUAGACCUUUCUAGAAUACUUCUACUUAAGCUAUCUAAUUCAACCUUUCACAUUUCUCAAUCCACGUAGUAAUCUAGGUCUAUAGCCCCAAUGCGAACGUUUUACCCACUGUCCCUACCUGGGUUCGAACCAGGGACCCUCUACAUACAUUGCCAGUCACCCCACACAUUCCGCGAUGCUUUCAAAGUAAAUACUUCCAGUUCAUAGAGCAAGUGACGUCAACAAAUGAAAACCGCACUAGCUCUCACCUCAUUCAGCAACACAAAAACUCUCUCUCCCUUCACCCAUUCCCUAUUGAAUAAGUGAGUCUUUCUAUUUAACCCCAACCACGCUACAAAUCUUCCAUUCAACAUCACCAAACCAAACACUCAGUAGUAUCCGGUUACCACCCAUACCAGCCGCCGAAUUCACUCAUACACACAGACCCCACCCCAUGCCACCGAAAUGCCCAACAAAACAUAAUAGUUCAAUGGAGCCCCCUAUUGGCUCUCCACUAUUUAUACAUUACUUCCAUAACCACACCAGUCAUGGUCCGAUCACCCAUCAAACCCCAUCACAUGAUCAAACAACGGCACAACCUUAAACUCAUAUGGGGCGGCAGGUAGCCCAGUAACCAAGAGCACCGUGCCAGCAACCGAGAGGUCGCUGGUUCCAAUCCCCGAGCCGACCAGGCCAAAAAUCUGCCGAUGUGCCCUCGAGCAAGGCACCCAACCCCAAUUGCUCCUGCAAGUCGCUCUGGACAAGAGUGUCUGCUAAAUGACCAAAAAUGCAAAUGUAAAUAUUCUCUACUUUAAAUUUCAACGAUAAAACAUAUUAUUUCAGUCUAAUUAUUUAACCAGUAUUAUGCUAUGUCAAACAUCAACGUUACAGUUUAAUUAUAUCAGUUCAAUACAUUUCAAUUUAGUUAUAUUGACUAUUCAUUAUCUUUACCUUUACAUUGUCAAAUUCAACCUCGCCUACUAUCCUCCUCCCUAUCUAAAAAAUACUCAGCUGAACCUAGCCGUACCCUCUUAGUUACGGACCUUGCCAGUCGCUAGUAUUAUCUCAAAUUUCCCGAACCUAGCCGUACCCUCGAAGUUACGGACCUUGCCGGUGUAAUUCUUUAAACCUAGCCGUACCCUCGUAGUUACGAACCUUGCCGAUAGCAAUUACUAAGUCAAUUAUUCCCUGUAUCUUCGAACCUAGCCGUACCCUCAUAGUUACGGACCUUGCCGAUAGAUUUCAGUAUUUUCCCCGAACCUAGCCGUACCCCCGUAGUUACGGACCUUGCCGAUGGAACAAUACUCUAUGGUACCAUGGUUUAACAUCACAUUCACCACAGGUUUGCAUGUCACAAUAUGGUGCUUAUCUACUCAUAAUAGUUUCAUAAUUUAGUUCACUUACAUCAAACAGGUGUUUCACAAAAUUAAUUUGGAUAAAGCCAAUGUGCAGAACUUUAGUUAUAUAACAAUAGGUGUCUGCUUACCUGUUUAUAGUAGUCCGGACUCUUUGUGAAACACACCGUCCAAUGACAGAGAUGUAAAAUGUAAAUGUCCAAUGGGCCGGACAAUACCCAGCGAAGUCCCUCUACCAGAUCACGUCGGUGGUCACCAAUUGUUAAGUUGCGUCAAUUCAAAUCUGGUAUAGGAACAAAAAGAGGUCAAUACACGUCUUCUAAAAUAGACUAGUAUUUUUAUUAAUGCAAAACACUUCAAUGGUAAAUAUGAUGUUCGUAUAUACGGGUCCACUGAAAAACCACGCAGGGUAGUCAGAGAACUGAGCCAUUGUCAUAAGUUCUUCUUUAAAUACUCUGACAGAGAUAGUUCCCGCUCCCUGCUGGCCUAUCAGAGUAGAGACUGAGCGUGGUUUAGACUUACCCAGCCUAUCGUUGGCGCACAGGCUGGUCCCAGACCCUUGGCGCUUCACUGUUGCCAGGUGUUAGUUGUUUUGCAACUUGUCCAGAGAGUCAGCACUUUUGCAGUACACAUGUCCUUGAGCGGUUUAACAAAGAGGCAGUGUGUGUGUAUGUGAGACACAAGUCUUAUCUCAUCCUACCCCCUAAUGGUUCCUCACAUUAAUCACAGCUUGUUAUGUUGACCAAUCUAUAUCAGUACAGUACAAACCUAUUAUGUUUAAUCAUUAAUGCUUUCUUAUUAAGCUAACAGCACAUCUAAAAUAUAAGUGAAUAAUUUCCCACAGUAGCCAACCUUGGCUAAUGCUCAAAUGUUGCUGUAAUAGGCCUACAUGUUUCUCUUAUGCAUGGUUUUGUUGCAGGUUUAGUUUUUUGGUUAUUAAUUGUCAAGCUUUGAAAACCGAAGCUAGACUUCACCAUUUUAGUAGCCUAGCUAGGACUGUGGCAUGUGUCUGUACACUUUCCCUUCGCUGCGCUCUGUAACAGGACACACGACAGCAUCGCAAAUUAAGUUUAAUUCACCGAUGCGAGCACAAUCAGGCUGUAAUUUCUUAAAGUAGAUGAUUCAAGUGUUGACUCAUUUAUACUCGCUUGUGUGUCCUAUUCGGCCUGCGGGCCUUGUGUCUGACACGUGUGCACUAGCCUAUUAGCCACGUUAUGACUGGCUUGUGAUCAUUACCCUUGCUAGUUUGAUUGUAUUGACAUUCCCAGCCUUAGUUACAGUCGACUAUUUUUGUUCAAAAUAAUGAGUCAUUGAAACUGAAACGGUGCAUCCUGAAUGGGUUGUGGCAUCAAACAAUGUACCCGGCCAGCUGUGAUUUACAACCUGAUAGCAAUAUUUUUUUAGACUACCAAGAAAUGUAUUGGUGAAUUAUAUUAAUCAUGCAUUGAACUGCAUCGAUCUAUUCUGCCAACAAUGCCUUACUGUAGUCAUGGAAUUGUGAGUCAAAUAUAACCUAUUUUUAAAACCUCUUAUGAAGUUGGUUUGAAGCAUAAACUGGGAAUGUAAGAUUUUUGACUGAUAUUAUGAUUGUUUCAUAUCUGCAGUAGUUAAAAUGCUGUCCGUUCCACAGAAAGAGGAUCACAACCAUAGAAAUCCUAUUCAGUUACUAGUGGGGACUAUUUCAUAAACCCUCAAAGUUCCAGAAUGGAGUGAAAAUGGCAGCCAUAUUGGUAAGGGAGAAAUCCAAACCAGUCUCAUUGGAAUGAAUGGCAGUAAAGGGAUAGGUGAUGCAUUUCAUACUUCUACUUAUGCAGGAAAAUAAAAGUAAGGCAUGUGAUAUCAGAAAUGGUGUAAUAGAAUUAUUGUCAACCUAACUUUUUGUAAUAUAAUUAUAAAUACAGUUUAUACUGGUUUUAUACCACUUUUCUGUAUAAAUAGCCUAUCAAAUAGAUGUAAAGAGACCAUAAAUGUCUCCGUUUUUGUUUUCUUGGAAAGCUGUGAGUGCUAUUAUAUGAUGCAAUAUCAGUACCUGUUGCAUUUACAACUUGUCUAAGUCCUAUCAUCAACUGAUUUCAUGUUGACAUAUUGGCAGUUAAUUUUUUUAAAUUAUGGAGUCAUUCCUCUAAAACUGGCUGGCUAACUAGCUAACAAACAUACAGUGCAGAUUAAUUAUUUAAAUUAAUAAUUUUACAGAAUAUAAAUAGUAAAGAUAUUAAUCAUUUUUAAAAGGCUGAAAGUUCCAUGUCAGUUGUUGAUGUUUCUGUCUGUCUCUGUUUCCAUAGCGAAAGACUUCAUCCGGAACAUGAUGCAGAAGCACCCUAACAAACGGUUCACCACAGAACAGGCCCUCAGACACCCCUGGUGAGUCACACACACAGAUCCAGGAUCAGCCUAUCCUCUGCACAUCUUAACUAUAACCAUUAGAGGAGGAAAACAGAAAACUGACCUCGGAUCAGUGUCUAGGAAGCCCAUUAUUUCCUGUUUAUUACUUGUUCCUGGUGAUCCUAUCAAUGUCAUUUCCUGUUGCAGGAUCAUUGGAAAGACAGCGAGGGAUCAGGACAUCUAUGAAUCAGUCAGCAUGCAGAUCCAGAGGAACUUUGCCAAGUCCAAAUGGAGGGUGAGCAACAUAUGAGGCGACAUACAGUAUGCUAGCAUACAUACAUUUAUUAUAUUAUUAUUAUUAUUAUUAUGAUCAAAACAUGAUUAUUUAUACAAACAUAUUAAUGCUAAUAUUCCUGUGUAUUUGUGUGUGUUACAGCAAGCCUUCAACGCCACAGCAGCCAUCAAACAUAUGAAGAAGCUGCAGUUGGCCCACGCCGACCCCGACGCCCCUCUCCCUGCCAUCCCCGCCAUCGCCAUCAACCCCUGCAACUCCCAGAAUCCUCUGCGGGGUGUCAGCAACAUCACCACAGAAGACGUCGACACCAACGGCAACCUCUCGACCCCAGUGUGUCACAUGACCCCUCCAGAGGCACAGUACCGGUGCCUGAGAGCCAGUCACAGCGAACCCAUGCACGCGCCGGUCGUCAUGGAGACGUAUAACGCAGAGAAUUGCUCCUCAUUCACGGCAGCUAAGAGGUGAGUCCAAGUGGACUGAGGGGAAUGUAUCUGUCGGGGGAGGUGGUUUGAGAUAUGUCCACAAAGUGUAGAAUCUGUGGUUCUGAAGGCUCUGCUUUUUCAUGUCUUGUUUCAGCUGUGACGCCAUGGACAGGGCGACCAAUAGGAAUGGUCAGACCAUGCAGACU